AACCGACGCCCCUUGCGGGCUUCUUUUCCUCUGACUUCCGGAGAUCGCACCUUUUCUUUUAUUUUCCUCUCCGAUAUCCGUCUCCCCGCCGACCCUCUCCCGAUCCGAACACGGUCGUAGAGAAGAGGAAGAGAAAGGAGAGGAAGGGAAGGCGUCUGAAUUCUUUUUAUAAUUUUUCCUUUCGGGAAUCACGACAAUAUGGGGCCAGGAAGAAGAGUAGGAGGAUCCGCGGGUCUGCGCUUGGUGCUGUCCCUGGCGAUGGCCUCUCUCUUGGCCUUGCCGGCCCGAUCCCUCCGCUUCGACCUCCAGUCGGGGCAGACCAAGUGCAUCUCCGAGGACAUCAAGCUUAACGCCAUGGCCGUCGGCAAGUACGGCGUCGUCAACCCCGCCGACUCCGGCCCCCUCCCCGAUUCCCACCGCGUCACCGUCCGGGUUACGUCGCCCUACGGGAACAGCAUCCACUUUGCUGAGAGCGUGGAGUUGGGGAAUUUUGCUUUCACUGCGAACGAGGCAGGGGACUACCUGGCGUGCUUCUGGACGCCCGUCCACAAGCCGGCCGCUACGGUGACGCUCGAAUUCGACUGGAGGACCGGCGUCGCCGCCAAGGACUGGACGAAUGUCGCCAAGAAGGGGCAGAUUGAUCUUAUGGAGCUGGAGUUAAAGAAACUGGGGGAUACUGUUAAGUCGAUCCAUGAUGAAAUGUUCUAUCUUCGUGAAAGGGAGGAGGAAAUGCAAGACAUGAACAGAACGACCAAUUCUAGGAUGGCAUGGCUAAGUUUCCUUUCACUUCUUGUGUGUUUAUCAGUGGCAGCCUUGCAGUUAUGGCAUCUAAAGACGUUUUUUGAGAGAAAGAAGCUGCUUUAAUCCUAUUUUAAUCACAGUAUGUGCCAGUCGUCAUUGUAGGUGUGGGAUUUUUUUUUUUUUUUUGCCUUUUUAAAAGUAGGCUGGAGAACUGCAUGUAUUUGACUUGUGCAAUGUAGUCUUAAAGAGCUAUGGAACUAGGCCCUUUGAUCACUAAACCUGCUGAGUGUUUGCAUAAAGUCCACGUGUUUCCCAUUAACAUAUGAUCUAAGUUCCAUUAUGUCA